CAUUUUUCACAGGGAAAAGAGACAGGAGCGAAGGGAUCCAGUUUCUAACUGUCGGCACAGACAGGGACAACAUUAUCGGGUCUAAACAGACCAAAACUAUACGUUUGAAUUAGAGGAGCACGGGGCACGCGAGGCGCAAUUCAAGUGCAAAACUGUGCCGCGAUUUGAAAAGCGUUGCUACACAUCCGCAGUGGAGAGCGUAGUAUUGUUUUGGUUGUGUGGUAGAUCAGGCGGCGGGGUCUCAUCCGAGUCCCCUGUGUCUUUAUUCACAGUUAUUACAGUGACCAUCUACGGCCUUGUGGAUGCACUUAGAUGUGUGCAAUGAAUGCUGUGGCUGACAUGCCUCAGUGUUUUGGAUUGCUGUGCUCUGGACUCAGUAGGACAAGAGACUCCCAGCACAGAACGUCAUGAGCAUAGCCAUCUCAGUAGGGGUGGACACGGCCAACACCUCAUAUCUGGAUAUGGCUGCAGGCUCAGAACCAGAAUCUGUGGAGGCAAGCUCCGUGGUAGUGGAGAAGUCCAGCUACCCUCACCAGAUUUACAACAGCAGCUCCCACCACUCCCACGGCUACAUCGGUCUGCCUUACGCCGACCAUAACUAUGGGGCGCGACCCCCACCCACCCCCCCAGCGUCCCCACCUCCCUCCGUGCUGAUCCGGUCGGGUGAGGGUCUAUUUGUGUCCGGGGGCCGUGCUGGAGAGGGCUUGUUUGUGCCAGACGGGCAGGACGAGGCGUCACGUGGCACCACGCUCAGCACCUCGGAAGACGGCAGCUACGGUGCUGACAUCACACGCUGCAUUUGCGGCUUCACCCAUGACGACGGCUACAUGAUCUGCUGCGACAAGUGCAGUGUGUGGCAGCACAUAGACUGCAUGGGGAUUGACCGGCAGCACAUUCCCGAGACUUACCUGUGCGAGCGCUGUCAGCCGCGCACCCUGGACCGGGAGCACGCCAUUCUACUGCAAACGAGGAAGAGAGAAAACAUGUCUGAUGGGGACACAAGUGCUACAGAGAGCGGGGAUGAGGUUCCGUUAGAGCUGUACACAGCAUUUCAGCACACCCCCACCAGCAUCACUCUCACCACAGCUCGUCUCGGCAACAAACCGGCUGAUAAGAAACGCAAGAAGAGUGGUGAAAAGGAGCUCCCGGUGACUACCAGGGCCAAGAAGUCAUUCCGCGAAGGCUCUAGAAAAUCAUCUAGAGUGAAGGGCUCAGCUCCCGAGUGUGAUCCAUCAGAUCCUCCCUCUCUAUGGGAGAAUAAGAUGAAGUCGUGGAUGGAGCGUUACGAGGAGGCCAGCAGUAACCAAUACAGUGAAGAAGUGCAACUAUUGCUCCGAGUCAAAGAGGCUCGAGAUGGCAAAACGCUGGCCUACAACACACACAUUGCAGCCUUCAAACCACCUGUAGAGAGUCACAUACAGAAGAACAAACGAAUUCUGAAGGCUGUGCGGGACUUAACUGCCGACUCGCUCAUAAUCGAGUACCGGGGAAAGGUGAUGCUACGACAACAGUUUGAGGCCAACGGUUACUUUUUUAAGAGGCCGUACCCUUUUGUAUUGUUUUACUCCAAGUUUGACGGUUUGGAGAUGUGCGUAGACGCACGGAGCUUUGGAAACGAGGCCCGAUUCAUUCGUCGCUCCUGCACCCCCAAUGCUGAAGUACGGCAUGUUAUCGAGGAGGGCAUGCUGCAUUUAUACAUUUACUCGCUGAGGUCUAUCUCCAAAGGCAGCGAGAUCACCAUCGGCUUUGAUUAUGACUAUGGCAGCUGUAAAUAUAAGGUGGACUGUGCGUGUGUGAAAGGCAAUCAGGAAUGCCCUGUUCUCAAGCAUAACCUGGAACCCACGGAGAAUCUGGGUUCCAGCACACGGCGGCGUUGCCGCAAGGAUAGAGAACCAUCACUGGACGAAAGCGGACAGAACCAGAACCUCACAAUGGACUGUGAUGGGCCUAAGGGGAAAUCGCUUAACGACGGCAAACAGAGGAAGCUCUCUCCUCUACGUCUCUCCAUAUCUAACAAUCAGGAUCCUGAGUUAAUAGAGGAUCUAGAAGAGAAAACCUCCAUUAGCUGUGAAGUAGAGAUGGAGUCAGAGGAGCAAAUUGCAGAAAAGAGGAGGAAGAUGGGCGGCCUAGCAGAGGAGUCCCAUCGUCAAGGUGUGGGGGCUUCCUGCUGCAGAGCUCUGACAAAGGAGACACGCGAAGAAAGAAAAAUGGAGGCGAUUCUGCAGGCAUUUGCUCGGAUGGAGAAGAGAGAGAAGCGGCGAGAGCAGGCAUUGGAGAGAAGUGGAACUAAGGGAGAGGUUGGCAGGCGCUGCGAGAUUAAGGAAGAGCCCCCUUCCACACCAGAGGCUGAAUCUCCUGUUAUGUUACAGCCCAUGGUAGAGGUAGUGAAGGAGGAGCCCUGUCUUAAGCCUGCAAAGGUGAGCCGUAACAAGCAGAGGAAAAGCUUCUCACGGAACCGCACGCACAUUGGACAGCAGAGACGGCGAGCACGCACAGUCAGUGCCUGUUUGGACUUGGCGCCCAGUUCCCCUGGGGAUGUUUUGGAGCCUUUAAUGACUGAAACUCAUGAAGGGGAGACACCUGCCACCCCCGAGACUGAUACUCCACCGCCCCAUGCCCCAGACACAAGCCCACCCCACAGCAGCUCACCUGCCCCAACAUACCGAAUUGGACAUAAGUACCCCAAAACUAAAAAGCAGCACUUAGUGACCGAGUGGAUAGGUGGUGACAAACAAGAGCGGGGAGCUACGCGGACGCCGGAGCCACCCCCAGAGAGACCACUGAGAAUCAGUAGUGACCCUGAGGUCUUGGCCACGCAGUUGAACUCUCUGCCGGGCAUGGCCUGCAGCUCGCAUCUCUACAGCACGCCCAAACACUACGUCCGCUUCUCAUCACCAUUUCUGGCCAACCGCAGCCCCAGCACCCCCGGAGUGCCCACGGGCCGACGACGUUCACGAGAACUGCCAGAAACACCGCCCACAACUGGCUCUUGCAAGAAGCGCUGGCUGAAACAAGCUUUAGAAGAGGAGGGCUCCACCAGCCCAGGAGGAGGACGACCAACUCUGCUGAUGACCAGUGAGAGCCCUCUCAGCCCCUCUAUCAACGGAGAGUCCUGCAGCCCUCUACCCUUCUACAACGGCAGUUGCUCACUACCAGAGUUGCCUACGCCGUUGAAGAAACGGCGCAUAUGUUCGCUCGAUCCUUGUAUGUCAGAGAGUUCAACCCCAUAUGGGUCUCCCUGUGCCACCCCAACCCGAACAGAGUCAACAGAAGCACCAGGCACACCCCUGCUGCUAGCCACGCCUCCUAGACCACGCCCAGAGGAACCCAGUACUGAACCCUCGACACCUUUGCAGAUUCCCACCCACCCUCUACCACAGGAGAGUGAGUCAUCUAUGGACAGCUCUCCAGAUGGUAGCCGAAGGCCCAGCACACAAGACGCCGAGCGGCCUCCUUCACUGUUGGCAUCUCCCAACCUGAGGACCACAAGUCUUGAUACGGCUCCACAGGAGGCUACAAAACCAGUAGAGUCCCAGAGUCCGCCACCAUCCCUCGCUGAGCCCCAGGACACAGCAGGAGAUGAAGGUUUGGAGAUCGAGGGUGGUGCUUCAGAAGCUGCAUCAACAUCUGAGACGCCAACAUCCUCUUAUCCCCCCUGGAGGAAGAGUCCAGAGCGAGGUGGCCUCUCUUUUUCCACAGUGAACUCUAACCUGAGAGACCUCACGCCCUCUCACACUUUAGAGAUGGGGGCAUACAGGCCAGAUUCAACGUCAGCCGGCCCGUUCAGUGAGGCAGCACCUUUGUAUUCCUGCAGUGAGGAAAGCAGUGGCGUGAACUUCACUCGCUCACUGAGUGCAGAUGGCACAGGGGAGGGAGGUGCUGCAAAGAACCCACAGAAGAAAAAGGUCUCUCUUCUGGAGUACAGGAAACGUCAGCGUGAGGCUCGGCGAAGUGGCUCAAAGGGAGAAUGCAGCUCACCCAUUUCCACAGCACCACCAGUAGAUGUAUUUCCUGUCACUGUGGAAAUGGCCCCUGAGCCACCUGCUCUUGCCACAGUGCCAACCCCGAGGACCCCUCAGCCUAGUGAGGAACCCGACCCCACCUCAGGAGAGAGAGAGGGAGAAGGCCAGUGGACAUCAUCCACAUCAGUGGAGCAGGCCAGGGAGCGCAGCUACCACCGGGCCUUAUUGUUGAGUGAUCAUCACAAGGAGGGAGACAGUGGAGAGACAGAGGGUGGGGAUGUCCAGAUUAAGGAAUGUCCUUCACCCAAGACCUGCAAGAGUCCUUCAACACAUGCCCCCUGUUCUCCAGCACCCCAGACUGUGUCUCGCCCAUCAAAGGAGGAAGACAAUGAAUCACAGCCUCGUGGUCCUGCUCAACCCCAAGCGCUGUCCGUCCAGCAGUCCAGCACUAAGACCCCGGGCUCCAAACCAGCUGCUCAGACGCCCAGCAAGCUCCACAGCGCCUCCCAGAGUCACUAUGCUGGAUCUUCGCUCAUGCACUCUCCCAAAACACAGCCCCAAGGUUCACCUUACCGUGGCCAGCGAUCCUUCCACACGGCUCCUCCUCAGAACCAGCCUCAACCCCUGGCCACAUCAGGCGUGGCAACUUUCCCUCAGUUCAACCCCCAAAACGCCCCGCCGCCUCCUCCCCCUCCUCCUCCAGCACCACCCACCUCGGCUCCCUACUUCCCCGUGCAGCCUACUGCAACUGCUGCACCAUUUCCUGCGUUCAAACCCGCUGUGGCCUCACCUUUUCCUCCUGGCUCACAAUCUCUCCUGCAGCCGCAUCAUGCUUUGCAUUACCAAAGGAGUGCUGCCCCUCCCCCACCACCCCCUCCUCCUCCGCCACACCCACAACCUGGUCCUGCCUUGCUGCAUGUCAAUCUGCAACCUCCAAUGGCGCAGCACCAGCUGCUUCUGAGCUCUGCCCCACCCCCUCCCCCUCCUCCUCCGCCACCUCAGGGACAGAGUUCCCAGCAGCCCCCGCCUACUAGUGGCACACUUCUGUCAAUCAAACCAGGACCACACCCUCCACCCCUCCCACUUCCACCACCAGCCCCCUCUAGUAGUGUGCCACACCCGUUCCAGAACAUGGGUGGCUUCCAAACCACUCUAAUUCACCAGUCGGUACCAACUAACCCAUCGGUUACCACUUCCGCGUAUCAACAAACUGUAUUACCCCCGCCCCCUCCUCCACCACCCCAACAAACUCCACCCACGCAGACCCCGCCCAAUCCAAAUGUCUCACAGAUCGCCGGCAGCAACCGAGGACCUGCCCCUUCGUCCACGCCUUUCCACAAUGCUGGCUAUAUGGGCACAGGAUGGCACUGACCACACCCACCUAAACCCCACCCCCAGAUAGACUCGCUAAGAGAGAGGGGUGGAGGUACACCAUGUAACAUAGGCAACACAGCACCACUGUAAAUAUUUUCUAUGUACCUUUUCACAAAGGCUAACGGAAAACGGUGGGGAAAAGGGUACAUUUUAAAAAGAAAAAUGAGAAACUGUAAAACAAGACUGUGUAAAAGAUGAUGGUUAAUGACUCCUGAAGCUGAUCACUUACCUGGAACACCCUACACCCCCUUCCCCUCCUUCCCAUUACCCUGUACUGCCAUUCUGUCUUUUUCAGAUGUCUGUUUUUUACUUAUAAUGUUUUUAUUCAUUUUAAUCCCCUUUUCAAGUCUCUUCCUGUUUGAUCCCUCCUCUAUCCUCCCUAUGCAAUGGGACAUUCCAGUUUUCUCCUCACCUUUCCCUUGUUUUCCUGUCCUCUGUUUUACUCUCAUCAGUUAUUUGUUUUAUUUAGUGGCUCAUUAUAUAGCAUAAAGGUUUUGUAUAGAGAAACAAAAAUACAGAAUUAUUAUUUUUUUUAUUCCUCCAUGUAACAAAAAUAUCUGUGGACCGCUGCAGGAAUUCAGAAGAGACAUUUACGAUAGGCCGCUUCACUGCCCCGGGAGUCUGCACUUGUGUGAUUGAGAGAGUGUUCUGUUUUUAAGCGGAAGGGAGAGUGUAUGCUUGCAUGUCAUCCACUUUCAUGCGCAUAUUUGAAGUAUGCACGAGAGGCGGAAGGUAAAUAUGGUGCAGAAUGUUACGCGAUGUUCUCUGAUGCAGCUUUAGAGAGCAAGGUUCUUCCUGUAGGCGGUAAGCGGUUUAUUUUUGAUUAUCAAUGGUUAUUUGUAGAAAGUGUAAUUUAAUGUAUAGGUGGUUACUCCCAGCUUUCUCCAGAAACAGUUGUACAUAUUGGCUUCUUUUCUUUUCUAUGCUUGUAUAAUUCGCUCACAUCCCCAUUUUGGAAUAUGGUUGUAAAUACAAGCGCUCAUGGCAAAAAAAGCUGAAUGUUUCUGUGACCGUAGCACUAUUUUUAUUUCUUCCUCUGUUUUUUUUUUUUUUUUUUUUUUUACUGUUUGUGUGUGUGUGUGUGUGCGUAUGUGAAGGACAGAGGUUCACAUACACAGCACGGGUUGGCUAUUUUCAUGGUUCAUUAUAAUAAAUCACUGUAAUGACCGUUUUAUACCAACCAAA